AAGCCAGCACCGGGGAUCAGCUGGGAUGAAGAGCAGUGGGGCAGCACAGAUCAAUCAGUGAGCAGAAACGAUCGGACUGCAGUGAGGCACACAGUUGAUGAGCUCUUAGGAGCCAGCAUAUUUCUCUGAUUGUUGGGGACCCCGCCAUUCAACAGCCAGGAUGGCUCGGGAUAUGUCAGAUAAGGAAAUCUUGAAAAUGGAGCUAGAACAGUUGAAGAAGGAAGUUAGCACACCUAGGACACCAGUGAAUGCAAACUGUGCAGACACAAUUGCUUUUGUGGAGGGACUGGCCCCGAAUGAUCCGCUGAUUAAGGGUGUUCCCGAUGACAAGAACCCUUACAAGGGAGACAAGGGCGGCUGCAUAAUAACAUAGCACAUAGAAAUCCAAGGAAAAGUCUCACAGUUUUUUAUGAGAGUUGGUUGCAUUGCUGUGAUAUUCCUGUAGCCUUUGUGGAUAAAAUGUACAGUAGAAAGAAAACUGAAAUCUGUAAUGGAUAAUUCCAUCAUUGGAUUUCUGUAUGCACCUGUGGAUAUGAAAAUAUUUCUUUGUCAAUUUAUAAUUAAAUCCAAAUAGCUGUGCAAAGCUUCAACCUGACGUAGCUGUUCUUGUUAUUUAUAAGACAUAACACGUGAUUUUUUUUGAGCUCCUACUGUACUUUAAUCUCAUUUUAUCACACUGGUUAAUAUUAAAUAGUGAUAACUACUCACUGAUUUGUGUCCAACAUCCCUGACUGUAAGUCAACAUCUCACCCAUGUUACUGUGCAGAAGGGGGUCAAAGUCACAAGAGAGCCAGUACUACUAAUCGGAUUUCUUUGCUGUGGUAGAGUCAGUCACACGGGUCUGUUGACACGGAGCCGCUUCCUGUAUCAAAGUCUUUAAGCUUAUUCCACACUUUAUCCUGACUUCCAUUUUGAGCUCUCAAUCCAAUUAGUGACGCUUUCAGUGCUGGCAUCAGGAAAUACAAUUAAAGAACUCAACAUUUGGAAAA